GGGACCACUGGUCUAAAAGCAAGAAAAGCGAAAUCAAGGCUUCUGUAGUCCCACUCCAGCCCAGGUGGUGGAAGUAGUACACCUUAAUCUUGGUUUACCAGUCGCCAUUAAAUGGUAGAAAAGAAGAUCUGAAGAUUCUUCCAGUAGGCUGCUCUGAAAUAGGGGAAUUUCACAACAAAAACAAAGUUUUGUUUGUCGUGGAGUGAGAUUACCCUGAAUGGAGGAAUAUAGAGUAAUGGAAUUGGUUUGAGACAAGAAUCUCCGGACAGGAUCCUGGGACCGUUCCUAUGGAUCUUGGGCCGUCGGUAAGCUCUGGCGGUAAUGAAGCAUUCCAGCUGCUAACACCAAAAGUAGAGGACAUUAAAGAAGAGCAAUAUGAUCACAUGAUCACAUGUCAGGACGACGAGGAGGAGAAGCCGCUCACUGAGCUGUUAUGUAAAACUGAGUCUCUUGGCUCUAAUGAAGCAUCACAGACAACAGCAGAGGUUGAAGUGAAAUUAGAGGACAAUGAGGAUGAAGAAUACCAAGACGAUUCUCUUCAGGGAGACCCCGUGUCUCUGGCCCAGAUGAAGAGGGUAUCAGUGGUGCUGGUGGACUGCUGUAGACCACAAGGAUGGCGAGGGAAGGAGGAGGAGAUGCAGACCAACAGAGAUGCACAUCAGAUCGAGACCAACCCCGUGUCUCUGGCCCAGAUGAAGAGGGUAUCAGUGGUGCUGGUGGACUGCUGUAGACCACAAGGACGACGAGGGAAGGAGGAGGAGAUGCAGACGCAGACCAACAGAGAUGCACAUCAGAUCGAGACCAACCCCGUGUCUCUGGCCCAGAUGAAGAGGGUAUCAGUGGUGCUGGUGGACUGCUGUAGACCACAAGGACGACGAGGGAAGGAGGAGGAGACGCAGAUGCUGACCAACAGAGAUGCACAUCAGAUCGAGACCAACCCCGUGUCUCUGGCCCAGAUGAAGAGGGUAUCAGUGGUGCUGGUGGACUGCUGUAGACCACAAGGACGACGAGGGAAGGAGGAGGAGACGCAGAUGCUGACCAACAGAGAUGCACAUCAGAUCGAGACCAACCCCGUGUCUCUGGCCCAGAUGAAGAGGGUAUCAGUGGUGCUGGUGGACUGCUGUAGACCACAAGGACGACGAGGGAAGGAGGAGGAGUUGCAGAUGCUGACCAACAGAGAUGCACAUCAGAUCGAGACCAACCCCGUGUCUCUGGCCCAGAUGAAGAGGGUAUCAGUGGUGCUGGUGGACUGCUGUAGACCACAAGGACGACGAGGGAAGGAGGAGGAGAUGCAGAUGCUGACCAACAGAGAUGCACAUCAGAUCGAGACCAACCCCGUGUCUCUGGCCCAGAUGAAGAGGGUAUCAGUGGUGCUGGUGGACUGCUGUAGACCACAAGGACGACGAGGGAAGGAGGAGGAGAUGCAGACGCAGACCAACAGAGAUGCACAUCAGAUCGAGACCAGUGUAUCUGAACACCCACACAUCACGCAGCAGAAGAUCGAUGGACAGAAUGAUGAACUCAACCUGCAACUUGAAGGAAGGCUGCACCACUGCACAGUCUGCAGGAAGAGUUUCUCAACCCUGAGAGAACUGCAGAAACACCAGCAAACACACUCUACUGGUGUGAAUGAAAAGUGGAAGGCUCGCAAAAACUCUCAUCAGUGUACCCAGUGUGAAAAAGCGUUUAAAGCUGCCGCAUAUCUUCGACAGCACAUGCUUACACACACUGGAGAGAAGCCUCAUAAAUGUGAUCAGUGUGGAAAAGCUUUUUCACAAAUAUCAAAUCUUCGAACUCAUAUGCUAAUUCACACUCACGGAAAGUUUCAUCAGUGUGCCGAGUGUGAAAAAUCGUUUACAGCCGUCUCAAAUCUUCGGCUGCACAUGCUAACUCACACGGGAGAGAAGAGUCAUAAAUGUGACCAGUGUGGAAAAGCUUUUUCACAAAAAUCUCACGUCCGACGCCACAUGCAUGCCCACACUGGAGAGAAGCAGAACAGAUGCGCUGAGUGUGGAAAAGAAUUUUCGCGAGUUUCAACUCUCAAAUCCCACAUGCUAAUUCACACCGGAGAGAUGCCUCAUAAGUGUGCCUGUUGUGGAAAAUAUUUUCGACAACUUUCAAAUCUUAAAACUCACAUGCUAAUUCACACUGGAGAGAGGCCUCACGUGUGUUCCGAGUGUGGAAAAGCGUUUAGAACGUCCGCUCACCUCCUGGGCCACAUGGUGGUUCACUCUGGAGAGAGGCCUCACGUGUGUUCCGAGUGUGGAAAGGCCUUUGGUUACAUUUCAGGUCUUAAAGCACACAUGCUUACAAUGCACACAGCUAAAGGACCGCGUCACCGUAAUACUGAGACAGACUUGGCAGGUCCUGGUCGGUCCGGGGAGAACAUGGAUCUACCUUUGAGCUCCGACUGUGUUGAAACUGAACCAGUUGACCCAAGACCGCUAGUGAAAGAAGAUACAAAUGAGGAGGAACGUGGUCAUGUGACUGGUUAUGGUCGUGUGAUUGCUCAAGAUGAUGAAGAAAAGCCCUUUGCAGAGCUUCACUGUAGAACUGAAACAGACGCCGCAGACAACAUUAGUUACAAUGAAACACAACACACAACCGCGGAGAUUGAAGUGAAGAUUGAUGAAGAUGAUGAACAACAGCACGGUGAUCUGCUGGGAAAACACCCACACAUAACGCAACAGAAUGAGAAUGAUGAACUCAGCCUGCAGUUCAGAGGAAGGUGGCACCACUGCACCGUCUGCAGGAAGAGUUUCACGGCCCUGACGGAACUCGAGCAACACCAGCAAACGCACUCUGUUAGCGUGGAUGAAAAGCGAAAGAAGACGCUUAAAAACUCUCAUCAGUGUACCCAGUGUGGAAAAGCGUUUAAAGCUGCCUCAAAUCUCCGACUGCACAUGCUUACACACACCGGAGAGAAGCCUCAUAAAUGUGUCCUGUGUGGAAAAGGUUUUUCACAAAUGUCAAAUCUUCGACUCCACAUGUUAAUACACACUGGAGAGAAGCCUCAUAAAUGUGACCAGUGUGAAAGCGCUUUUGCACAAAUAUCAAAUCUUCGACGCCACAUGUUUAAACAUACUAGAAGGAAGCCCCAUAAAUGCGAUGAGUGUGGACAGUUAUUUUCACUUAUUUCAAAUCUUCAAUUCCACGCGCUGACUCACACAGAAGAGGAGCCUCAUGGAUGUGUCCAGUGCGGAGAAGCUUUUAUAACGUCCACACAGCUCCAGGACCACAUGGCGGUCCACACUCACGUUCACGCUGAGACGGACUUGGCAGGUCCUCGUCGGUCCGGUGAGAGCGUGGAUCUACCGUUAAGCUUCGGCUCUGCGGAAACUAACCGGAGAUCGCUGGUGAAGGAAGAGGAUAAAAGUGACGAGGGACAUGAUCAUGUGACUGGUCCUAGCUAUGUGAUUGGUCAAGAUGAAGAUGAGUCGGUUGCAGAGCUUCACUGUAAAACUGAGAGGGACAUGAGUCAGGAACAGACACAGGAGUCUAACGUUACCGUAGAAACACCGACAACCGAGAUUGAAGCAAAGAAAGAAGAGGGUGAGCAACAGCUCGAUUACUUGCUAGGAAGUGUAUCUGAACACCCAUACAUAACGAAACAGAAAGUCGACGGACAGAAUGACGAACUCAUCCUGCAACUCAGCGGAAGGCUGCACCACUGCACCGUCUGCAGGAAGAGUUUCAAGGCCCUGACGGAACUCGAGCAACACCAGCAAACACACACUCUUGGUGUGAACGAACAGCAGAACACUGGCGGCAAAAAGACUCAUUUCUGUGGUCACUGUGGGAGAGUAUUUAAAAGGCCUUCGAUUCUGAAACAGCACCUUUUGACACACACUGGAGAGAAGCCCCAUCAAUGUGUCCAAUGUGGAAAAGCUUUUUCACAAGCUUCUAAUCUUAAAACCCAUAUGCUAAUACACACUGGAGAGAAGACUCAUGAAUGUGUACAGCGUGGAAAAGAAUGUAAAGGUCCCACACAUCUUAAGAACCAGGUGGAUGAAAACGAGAGUACUGGCAAAAAACAUUACCAGUGUGGAAAAGCCUUUACUGCUGCCGCAUAUCUUCAAAAGCUUACGCACACUGGAGUGAGGCCUCAUAAAUGUGACCAGUGUGGAAAAGCCUUUUCACAAUUAUCACACCUUAAAUCCCAUAUUCUAUCUCACACUGGAGAGAGGCCUCAUAAAUGUGAUCAGUGUGGAAAAGCAUUUUCUCAAUUAUCACAUCUUAAAACCCAUAUAGUAACACACACUGGAGUGAGGCCUCAUAAAUGUGACCAGUGUGGAAAAGCAUUUUCUCAAUUAUCACAUCUUAAAACCCAUAUAGUAACACACACUGGAGAGAGGCCUCAUAAAUGUGACCAGUGUGGGAGAGCAUUUUCUCAAUUAUCACAUCUUAAAUCCCAUAUUCUAAGUCACACAGGAGAGAGGCCUCAUAAAUGUGACCAGUGUGGGAGAGCAUUUUCACGAAUUUCAAUUCUUAAUUACCAUAUGCUAACUCACACUCGCAAAAAGUCUCAUAGUGGAGAGAAGCCUCAUAAAUGUGCCCAGUGUGGAAAAGCUUUUUCACAAAUUUUACAUCUUCGAUCGCAUAUGCAUUUUCACACUCGCAAAAAGACUUAUCAGUGUACACAGUGUGAAAAAGCAUUUAUAGCAGCCUUGUAUCUUCAACAGCACAUGCUUACACACACUGGAGAAAAGCCUCACAAAUGUGACCAGUGUGGAAAAGCUUUUGCACAAAUGUCAAAUCUUCGACGCCACAGGCUUGAACACGCUGGCCAGAAGCAUCAUCGAUGUGAUGAGUGCGGAAAAGCAUUUUCACGAGUUACAGCUCUGAAAUCUCACAUGCGAUCACACACUGGAGAGGCGCCUCAUCAUUGCGGCCAUUGUGGAAAAUAUUUUCGACAACUUUCAAAUCUUAAAACUCACAUGCUAAUUCACACUGGAGAGAAACCUCAUGAAUGUGCCGAGUGUGGAAAAGCGUUUAGAACGUCCGCUCACCUCCUGGGCCACAUGGUGGUUCACUCUGGAGAGAGGCCUCACGUGUGUUCCGAGUGUGGAAAGGCCUUUAGUUACAUUUCAGGUCUUAAAGCACACAUGCUAACAAUGCACACAGCUAAAGGACAGCGUCACCGUAAUACUGAGACAGACUUGGCAGGUCCUGGUCGGUCCGGGGAGAACAUGGAUCUACCUUUGAGCUCCGGCUGUGUUGAAACUGAACCAGUUGACCCAAGACCGCUAGUGAAAGAAGAUACAAAUGAGGAGGAACGUGGUCAUGUGACUGGUUAUGGUCGUGUGAUUGCUCAAGAUGAUGAAGAAAAGCCCUUUGCAGAGCUUCACUGUAGAACUGAAACAGACGCCGCAGACUCUAACGAUGAAUCACUGCAGACAACAGUGAAGAUUGAAAUGAAGAAAGAAGAGGAUGAGCAAGAUUAUCUGCUGGAAAGCUACAAGGACAGUGGCACACCACAAGGACAGCGAGGGAAGAAGGAGGAAAUGGAGACGCAGACCAACAGAGAUGCACAUCAGCCGGAGACCAGUGCAGGCGAUCGGUGUUCCUCUUUGCUUCGAAAAGGCACAGAAACGGAAACGGGUGUCACAGAAACACUCCAGACUGCAGCGAAGACCGAAGUGAAGAAAGAAGAGGAUGAGCAAGAGCACGGUUACCUGCUGGGAAGUGUAUCAGAACACCCUGAUACGAUGCAACAGAAGAUCCAUGGAGACAACGAUGAGCUCAACCUGCAGCUCAAAGGAAGGAUGCACCACUGCAGGAAGAGUUUUAUGACCCAGAUAGAACUUGAGCAACACCAACAACAAAAACACUCUGUUGGUGUGAACGAGGAAGAGAACUCUCGCAUAAAGCCACAUGAGUGUAUCUUAUGUGGAAAAGCUUUUGCUUACAGUACGGCUCUUGAAGCCCAUAUGCUUACUCACACUAGAGAGAGGCCUCACAAAUGUACUCAGUGUGGAAAAGGUUUUUCACAACUUUCGCGUCUUAAUAGCCAUAAUAUACGUCACUUGGGAAAGAGGCCGUACACAUGCGUACAGUGUGGAAAAUCUUUUGCACAACUUACACAUCUUCAAACCCAUAUGCUGGUACAUACUGGAGAGAGGCCUCAUAAAUGUACCCAUUGUGGAAAAGCAUUUCAACAACGCUCAUAUCUUAAUACCCACAUGAAAACUCACACCGGAGAGAGGCAUCAUAAAUGUGCCCAGUGUGGAAAGGCUUUCUUACAAUCGUCACACCUCAAAACCCACAUGCUUACACACACUGGAGAGAAGCAUCACAAAUGUGACCAGUGUGGAAAAGCUUUUUUACAAAAGACUCAUCUUAAAACCCAUAUUUUUCUAACUCACACUGACAAGAAGCCUCACAAAUCACAUGAACGUCACAUGCCAGUUCACUCUGAAGAGAAGUGUCACAUGUGCGCUAAGUGCGGAAAGGUUUUUAGCUCCGUUUCAAGUCUUGAAGUGCAUCAACUAUCAAUACACAUGCCCGAAGAGAAGUGCCAUACAUGUUUAGAGUGUGGGAAAGCAUUCACACAGUCCAAAAACCUGAGACAGCACAUACUUACACAUUCUGGAGAGAAGCCUCAUAAAUGUUCCGAGUGCGGACAAGGUUUUGCACUCAUUUCCGACGUUAAACUCCAUAUGCUUACGCACUGAAGAGAAGCCUCAUUUCCGACGUUAAACUCCAUAUGCUUACGCACUGAAGAAAAGCCUCAUUUCCGACGUUAAACUCCAUAUGCUUACACACUGAAGAGAAGCCUCAUAAAUGUUGCCAGUUGGGAUGUACCUAAAUACCGUAUACAUACUCAUAUUUUGGGAACAUGGUUAAUUACUCUGGUCCAGACUCUGAACAGUUUAAUAACAACCAAAAACACAUUUACAUUGAAAAGGAACCGUAUGUAAGAAAUGUAUUUCAAUUAAUCAUAAAAUGGCCCUGAUAUGUCGCUAGACAUUAAAGGUGCCAUGUGUAAUGUCCGCCAAAAAAUUAAUUCAUACUCCACAGGGUUAGGUGCCUUGAAGUUGACGGUCACCACGCUGCCUUAAAGUCGAUGGUGGGCUUGAAACACCAUCCAGUGUGGUACUCAUCCAGGCUUAGAAAACAGUGGCAUGCAAUUUUCCACCCAUAUCAGCCUCUCUCUCAAUUUUCCUUAUUAUUUUCAAUGCUAUGGACCCUGCCUGUGAGCCUGCAAUAAAUAUUUAGUUGAA